AUGGCAUUGGACAAUUUGCUGCAACCAGAGGAUGAGGCCUGUUAUAUUCAAGCCUUUUGUAGGCAUGUGAUAAAGGAGAAGAGUGGGAACUAUCCGGCAUUGAAGAAAUCUGCAGAUGGGACACAGGUUUAUCCUGGCGCUGCUGGAAUAACUUCCAACAGAGGAAAUAAACUUCUGCAGAAAGCUGAGCUUGUCACGCGUCAAGUUAUGAAUAGUUCGAAGCCUCUCAAUGAAGAAAGCGUUUACUAUAACGGAUCUGAGCACAGUCUUUUGAAGAGAAGGAAAAAAAUUAAGUCUUCAGUAGAUGAGGAUGAUGACGGCGAUGAAGAAGUUGAUUUAUCAAAGUUGGUUGACGUCCGAAAGAUUUUAACCCCGAUAUCGUCAUUGGCAGACGUGACAAGGCAUGACGCUAUUAGACGAACGUUUGAAAGCGGGAUGCUGCGUGAUUUGUCCCUCCAGACAAGCAUACUGAUUGAGAAGGAGCAGAAUUCUGUCAUGCGGUACGCGAAGCUGCUGGAGCUUUUCCUUGGCGAGCAUCCAGAACCACUCCGGGAAGACGUUCUCAAGCUUCCAAUGUAUGACCACAAUUUGAAGCUUCCAGACGAAGACAACGCAGAUGAUGACGAAAAGGACGAAGCGGAACAACAGCAGGACACUACAGAGCGCGACAAUGACGGUGAAGAUCCGUUUUUCGCCCUUCCUCGCGUCGGCGGACCAGAGGCUCUGCUCAGUCUAUUGCCAUCAGUCAACAGCCCUGAGGUGGCGGAAGAAGCUGAAGCAACCAGACAGCUAGCUCAAAUUGCGCUCCAGAGAAAUCAGGAGUUCAUCCGGAAUCUUCAAACAGUUAGGUCCGCACUGGUAAAGGCCAACAGAGUUAGAGAACGUAUACUCUCGUGGAGCCGUGAGUAUACGGGUUACGCAGAGGACGAUGUCACGGUACCGAACGCUCUUCGUGCAGUGAAGCGAGGACUCAUAAGUGCUACGACGAAUAUGUCCAUGGGAGGUGGCGUCCGUCGGUCGGAAGAGAUCUUGGAAGAUGACAUGGAGGGAGGCUAG